CUAAUAUACAAAUGUGCAUAUCGAUGUGUCAAAUCUGUCAAACUUUUAAAUGGCAGUAAUUACGAUUGUAUUUUUCAAAAAUUUGUGAAAAAUACAGAUCACAAGUAAAGUUUAUUCACAUAAUAGUUGUUAAUUGUACAGUGAAUAUUCCGGAGUUCGUGGAAAGUAGUGAAUUUAUUACAGAAGAUUGAGGUUAUGUUGUUAUUUUUAUUUUAAUAAUUAAAACAAUAACAAUGGAGUCGGCACAAACUCAACAAGUAAACGUUUAUCGAAAAAUGUUGGCUGCAUCAGUAUGUAGCAUUCUAAUGGAAACGGGAUACGACAAUGCGGACAAGGACUGCAUCGGAACACUUACAGAAAUGAUUCAAUGCUUUCUAACAGAAGUUGGAUCGGUCACAAAAAAUUAUUGUGAGCUUAGUGGCCGCUCUGAACCAUUAGUGGCAGACGUGAUCCUAGCCUUUGUAGAAAUGGGGCACAAUUUUAACGAUUUAAUGGUAUACACGAAAGGAAUGAAACAUUCAGUUCUGCCACCACUACAACCGCAACAAUCUCAAAAACAACUGAACAUGUUACCAGCCGGAUCUAAACAUCCGCUGCCACCAUACAUUCCACAGCAUUUGCCCCAGUUUCCAGAUCCUCAUGCUUACGUUAGAACACCUACGCAUAAACAACCAAUAAUUGACUACGAAUCAGUGAGAGAAAAGGCGGCCAUACAGAAAAAAGACAUCGAGAAGGCUUUGACAAAAUAUUUGGCUAAGACAAGCCCUACUCAUAAUUUGUUUGACACAGAUGAAGCCAAUAUCUUCCCAUUGAUUGCAUGCAAACCUGCAUACCCUCCAUAUCUGAGCGCACUAAGCCCCCAAGAUCAAAUAUUUGAUCCUGAGGAUCUCGAAUAUGAUCACAAAAGUCAGAUGAUUCAGCAAUCAAAAGAACAAAAGUCUAAAGAAGAAGCUGAAAAUAAAGAUGAAGAGGACAAUGAAGAAACUUUGAAUGAUUCCGUCAAGAGUGAAGAAAAUACUACAACGAAUGUGUACAUUGACAAUCCAUAUCUAGCUGCAACUAAGCUCCCCAAGAAAGAUGAAAUGGAUGUUACGUAAUAUGUCGGUCCAACAGCGAAAAUCUCCAAAAUUCCGGAGGCAUUGGUUUCAGACCCAGAGAUGUAUAAAAUUCCUCAGCCAUCUGGAACAUUCUGCAAGUGAUACAUUUUUGUAUGGAAACCUAUCUGAAUUUGUAUCCACAUACCGGAAAGUUGAACAU